AUGAGUUAUCAAAUGAUUUUUUGCGUUUUCUUGGUGAUUUUUGGAUUGGCGAUGGCGACAACUUCGGCGCCAGUUCCAGGUGAGGUUUCUUUUGUGGCUGGGGAUUGAAUUUACAGUAGCUUAAAAAUUAUCAUUUUUCAGUUGCUCACGGCUUAGCCGGCCAUUUCUCAAUGCAAGUUCUCGAAAGUCCAACCGAUGGCGUUUUUGACUUGGCUUGCCGAAGUCUUCUCGAAUCUUCCAUGGAAUGUUCAAUACAAUUUGAAUGA